AAUCCGACAGGUGUCCGAGCGCGCUGCAUUGUGGGCUGGGACGUCCCGCGCAAGGACCGACGGGAAGUGUUGUGUUACCAAGAUGGCGCCGAAAUGUUUGAAAUAGAAGGCUGGCGAGUGUUGCACGGCAAACAUGCUGGUUUACCCGCGUUUCCAAGGCUCGGCCGGCUGACUGACGCGUGCGGUUAGGGAAACAACGACGGAGCCACGAUGUGCAAUACAACGCCAUAAACGACAACGAAAUGCUGCCAUGAGCGACGUAAAGAACUGGUGACUAAUUACAAAAGUCUUGAAGCUGCUGCCAUUGAAUACCUCACGGACAUAUAUACACUGCGGUAUAGUAAGUAACUAAAUAAUGACCACAUACAGACAUCACAAGGCUGCUAACGGAAUCUCUGGCCACCACCAACCAGCCAACCGGAAAACCUCCAGCUCAAGCGACGAAUACUCGCACAAAAAGGAGAAGAGAGAAGCCCCAGAAUGGGACCGUUUCCUCCCCGUCCCGAAACUGUCCAUAGAGAGGGCGUCGGUGACCGUAUGUUUGCUUGCGCUCCUGUGUUUCUGGAGAUCGUGGGACGGGGAGUUUCUGUUCGACGACUCGGAGGCGAUUGUGAACAACAAGGACCUGUUGGCGGAGACGCCGGUGUGGGAGCUGUUUCAGCACGACUUCUGGGGGAAGAACCUGGCCAGCAAGACUAGCCACAAGUCCUACAGGCCGCUCACGGUGCUCACAUUCAGACUGAACCACUGGUUUGCGGGGGGUUUGUCCCAGCCAUGGUCGUUCCACGCGGUCAACCUCCUCCUCCAUGCUGCCAUCUGCGUACAACUGCUGCACGUGUUCUCUGUAAUCUUCGGCGGAGUUCGACGCGACGUCUCGGGAGAAAGGGUCUUCGCCGCUCCCCGGGCCAGUUUCCUCGCUGCCACACUGUUUGCUGUUCACCCUGUACAUACGGAAAGUGUUGCAGGAGUAGUGGGGAGGGCGGAGCUGCUGUGUGCUCUCUUCUUCUUCUCAGCCUUCCUGUGUUAUGUUCGCUCAUGCCAUGAAGGUACCCAGGAUCCCCAGUGCUGUCCGGAGUCGUUCUCAGUCCGCUGGCUGGCAGCCAGUGUGGUCCUGUGUGCUGCUUCUGUACUGUGUAAGGGGCAAGGAAUCACUGCCAUUGGUGUCUGUUCCGCUUACGACAUCCUCAUCUUGUGCCAACUCGAUCCCAAAGUCUUCCUCUCCAAACUCCUGGCAGCUGAGAAGUCGCUGCAGUUUGUUAAAAAACAGGGUUUGCCUGUGUGGGUGCGGUCCUUGUUGCUACGGCAGCUGUUUCUCGUGGCAACGGGUGCUGCGAUCAUGACAGCUCGCUGGUGGGUGAUGGGGUCAACGCCACCUGCCUUCCAGCCUGUAGACAACCCGGCAGCUUUCUCUAAAGACCUCUCAACAAGGGUCCUCACCCACAACUAUAUUUACGCCAUCAACGCCUGGCUACUGUUCUUCCCUUGGUGGCUGUGUUUUGAUUGGUCCAUGGGCUGCGUGCCCCUGCUGCACAGCGUGGGAGACCCCAGAGUUCUCGCACCUGUCGCCCUCUGGCUCGGCCUUCUGGGAUUGCUAACAUAUUGUGUUGUUGGUUUGGCCGAUAACACGAAACGGGUCUUUACCUUGGGCCUAGCUGUGCUGAUUGUGCCCUUUCUCCCAGCAUGCAACCUGUUCUUCACGGUCGGGUUUGUGGUAGCUGAGCGCGUGCUGUACCUGCCCAGCGCAGGCUUCGUGUUGAUGGUCGUUGCUGGACUCAACGUUAUUCAGGCUUUCCUGGUGCUGGUAGUUUUCCUUAAUAUCAUCAGAUGUACAGUGAGAAGUGCGGAGUGGGGGACAGAAGAGGCGCUCUUUACGUCAGGUCUUCGGGUCUGUCCGCUAAAUGCUAAGGUCCAUUACAAUAUUGGGAAGAUCAGAGGAGACCAGGGUCGCACAGAUGUCGCCAUAGCUGCUUACAGACAUGCACUCAGACUGAACCCCGAGUAUGACCAGACCAUGAACAACCUGGCCAACAUCCUAAAAGACAGGGGGGAGUUGGGGGAAGCAGAACUAUUACUGGAGAGAGCUGUGCAGAUCAGACCAGAGUUUGCGGCAGCCUGGAUGAACCUGGGAAUCGUGCAGGCCCAGCUAAAGAAGCCACAGUCAGCAGAGCACAGCUACUGGACAGCCAUUACACACCGGAGGAAAUAUCCUGACUGUUAUUACAACCUGGGCAAUCUGUAUCUAGAACUGAAGCAGCACGGUGAUGCUCUGAACGCCUGGAGAAACGCCACCCUUCUCAAACCCCAGCACACGCUGGCCUGGACCAACAUGAUCGUUCUGCUUGACAACCUCGGAGAUCUGAGUAAGGCAGAAGUAGUUGGGAAGGAGGCAGUGAAAGUGCUCCCUAACGACCCUUCUAUACAGUUUACCCUGGCCAACGUCUUGGGCAAGGCUAGCAAGUAUCAGGUACGACGGUCUGCGGCGAUGUCGUCGUGGUCUCGGGACGUCAGCAGCAUGGCUUGUCGAAGGCCUCUCCUCUUCGCUGUCACUGGAGACGUCCGGAUUCACAGCUGGUCGUCUCUCCCUCGGCGGAACAAGUGUCUUCGGGACGGUCGCCUCGUCCUGGUCAUCUUCAUCGCCAGACUGCUGAUUGACACAGACGGUGUGUUGUACCACAGGUGGGGCAAGUACCCGGAAGCUGAGCGCUGCUACAAGCGGUCGAUCGAGCUGGACCCGACAGCAUCGACCACACAGGAGAACCUCGUCAAGUUACAGAGAACCAUGAACAAGAACUCCUCAAGGGAACACGGGCAUGGCAAGGGAAGGAGAUAGACAGCUGGUGUACGUAAAACAAGAACCUAAAGUACUAAACGUACCCUUACAGGAGCAUAAAAUGGAGAAGAAUGUGGCUUUGCGUGACCAAGAAGGAGUUACAGAGGACGAUGAACAAGAACAAGAGACAAGGCAAUUGGGAGAAGAGUCCUUGUACUGGUUACAUGCACUAUGUCAAGAUUGACCAUGGGUCAAGGGUUGCUAUCUGGAGGCCCAACUAUGACCUUCAUCUUUCUAAGACCUCCCAUUUACCACCUAUCAUCACAACCCAUUCUCAAGUUGUGUUGACCACAAAUAUUCAGAAGUUUGAUAUGGUGGAAACACAGACAGGCACACCAGAAGCAAUACCUCCAUUUU